CUUCAUUUCACCGCAUUCGCUCUUAUAUAUAAUGAUGUGACGAUUGUCAUAUAGGCUUGUGUGCGUAUUUAAAUAAAGUGAGAGCUCCACAGAGGUUUUCUGAACGAAAAAGACCAAACGCGUUGUAUCGAUGCACUCGGCUAUCUCGUUGAGGUGUUUUUGAUGUCGCCAAAGUUUCGUGUUGAAUCUACGGAUUAAUAACUAGGAGAAUCACCUGUUGUCAAACCUGUUUAUAUCAGGAUAAUGGCAAAGUUACCGGGUGCAUCGGGUAUCUCUCUCCUUGGCGACAAAUCAUUAGAAUUUUACCGAGAUCCUACGACUUUCUGCGCACGCCGCAUUGAGAAGCACGGAUGUCGAAUAUUUCAAGCAAGGUUGCUGAACAAGUCAACAUCUUUCGUGUGUUCUGUGAAAGGCAUGAAAGAACUACUUUGCGAAAAGUCGAAUGUAUUCCUCAAAGAUCCCACGGAUAUUAUGACCUACACCUAUGGAGACACCAUUGUUACAGCAAAUGGUGAGGAGGCCAGUUUGCUACGGCUCUCCCUUUCAAGUCUCUUCAAUGGAAAGUGUCUCAGAUCCUGCACUGAUUACAUACAAAGCGCGUGUGAACGUAAUCUAAAGAGCCUGUGUGAAAGCACAGAGUCACAGUCCAUUUAUCCACUCUUCAAGCGGCUGGGAACAGAGCUGGUACUCGGCCUCUUCUUGAAUGUGAAACCAGACGAGACACCGGAGUUAUUUGAGGAGAUCACUCAACUCUCUACCCUCCACUGGCAUGGACUCAUAUCAGCUCCAGUCAACAUCAAGAUGCCCAUGUGGUCCUCAGGCUACUGCACUGCACUGGAGGCCAAAGACAAGCUUAUGAAGAUCAUUAAAGAGAAACUUGAGUCUAGGGAAGAAGGGUUUGUCAGUUGUCUCCAUGAGCUUCCUCUUCCAGAUGAAAACGCGGACUCUCAGCAUCUGCUGCUGUUCAUCUCUGCUCUCAUUCCCAAAGCACUGUCCUCCCUGCUUACGUCCUUUACUCUGGCCCUAUCAGGGCCAAGCAAGGUGGAAGUGCGCCGACGAGCAAGAGCAGAUCCUGAAUACUUUAGUCAUGUGCUGCUAGAGGUCCAGAGACUAUGGCCCCCUGUCAUUGGUGGGCGGAGAAUAGCUAGUCAGGACAGCACACUGGGAGGAUACCAUGUUACUAAGGGAUCAGCUGCCAUGUAUGUGAGCUAUGCCGUUCACCGCGACCCAGAGGUCUUUCAGCAACCUGACGAGUUCCUGCCAGAGAGGUGGAGCGGAAGGAAUGCGGGUCAGGAAAACCUACUGUGCAGUUUAGGGAACGGACCCAGAAAUUGCAUUGGAGCUCAACUCAACCACACAUUUCUCAAGAUCGCCUGUGGCUACCUGCUGCAGCACUACGAUUGGGACCUCGGCCCCGAGACUCAAAAUCUUCAGUACAAGUGGCUUCCUGUGUCCAGACCCGUAAUCCCACCCAUGGUCCAAUUCAGAGCCGUCCAGAACCAAGUCUCGUCACAGACUGACGGCAUUCCACAAAACGACCAAGCCUGAAAACGAGUCCACCCUCUUCCUCAUAUUUUCUUAUAUUAGCAAACCAUGUUAAGUACAUGAACAGCAACUAUUGAUUUAAAUUAUUAUUAUAACACAGGUACCGUUUCUUUGUUUGUUUGUUUGUUUGUUUGUUUUUAAGUGUAAUGCAUUAGCAUAAAGAAAUGAGUAGUAUGAAUUAUUUAGAUUGUAAACACCCUGUGACCGUUCUGUCCUCUAACUGUAAUUACGAGGGCUUGAAAGAAACCGCGGCGCCCCGCUGAUCCAAACACGUCAAGGAAUGCCCUCUGCUUUCUGCACAGGCUCCCCCAAAAAAUGUGCCUUCUCUUAAUCUCUCUUAGCAACCGGGGCUGCUUAGCAACAGCUCCACGGCGACCGGUUCAUGUUUGUGGUGAAUUGUUGUCAUGCAGCUCUCAUUCCUCAGCAGAAGAGAUGCUCAGACAGAAAACUGCAAAUGAAGCCUUUGGUCUGUCACGGCAGACACGCAACACAUCAAUACACGACGCAACGCAACGUCUGUUGGCCUAGUGUAAACUCUGCGUCUUUGCAUUUUACUAUGGUUUUGGAUAGGCUCUUAUAACUACAUUUUUAACGUUUGGCAGUUUAAAUUGCAUAGCUUUGUCUAAUAACAUGAAGAAGGUUCUCCAUUUUGGAGCUGUCUGUUAUGUCUACAUGUAGGGAUUAUUCAUUUCCUGAUCACUGAAUAACACUACAGUGGCACGGGUAAAAUGGAAAAUGAAGCAAAUUGCUGUUACAAACAGGAAGGUUUUACCUUUUUUGUUUUCUUUUUUUUCCAUCACGUCGUCUAGGAUUGUUUCGUUUGCAUAUUAAAAAUACUUGGGACAGUUACAUUCAAUUUUUUAAUCAUGUUCUAUGGAUUUGUAUAUUUCACCGAAUGGUUACACAGCUACUGUUAAUGCUCGCAAUAUAUAAUUGGCUUUUCAUUUGAAUUGCAGUACAGUAUCACUUUGUUUUGGCAUUGACAAUCUUAGUUCUGUUUCAACGUCCAUAACUGGUGCUUAUGUAAGGCAUUUGUGGUUGUGCAAAUCUGAGCAAUAAGUGGGAGAAAAAAAAAGGCAGUAAAAUGUUAGGUAUGCCACUGGACCCUGAUAAUGCUAAAUGUUUUGAAUGGAUAACAUUGUUCAAAAGAUGCCCUUUAGAAACAACUCAAACAACCCUUCAGCUGCGUGACAGACUAUAUACCAUCACGCGCCCCCACCGCACGAACACACAUACACACACACACACACACACACACACACACCAGCUUUACUUUUGACAUCUUUCUCUCGGAGGCGAUGAGUCUCAGGAAUAAAGUCUUAUGUGGAAAGAAAAAAAAAAAUGACUAAUGCUGAUGACUCAUGGCUGUGCUACCAGAGGUGUGAUUUCUCAUUUACUUCUCUCUUUAAAGGAUCCACACAUUUCAAGUCGCCAGGCUACGUUUUCUUGCGUUAAUGUGUCAGAAAAUAUUCAUAACUUGGACCUCAACAAUCGUCCGUUUAUUUCCACGGUAUAGCCAAGUGCGAUAAUUCAUUCGUUCAGUCAGUCAGUCGGUAUUGGAUGGAUGAAUGAAUGUUUGUGGGUGAAUGAAUGUUUGUGGGUAACUGGCAUAAUAAACAGAUAGUUUAGUACGCCCACUCCAUUCUGCAGGAUGCAGUAGCAUUCUGACCUCACAAAAGGUCAUCUCAUUUAAUGUGAGUCUCUUUAGAGUGCAGGCAUACUUACACUGUGGCUUUAUAAGCUCUUGCUUCCUGCAUUGACCUUCCGUUCUGUUAAAAGGGAGGGGGGGGGGGAGUUAGGAAGUGUCUGCCCACUUGUGUUGUUUGUUGAGUCUCUCCUCCCCAACACAGGAGGUGAAUGAGGAGCCAGAUGUCGCUACAAAGAGACCACCCCCCUCCCCCCUUCCCCUCCUCCUUCUCCCACCCCUUUUAAUUGUCGUCGCUAAUGAGGGCGGCUCAGGUAUCAGGGAUCCCGUGCUAGCACGCAACAUCACAGAGUUGUCAUUCAAAUGGUAAUCUUACGUGGAGUACCCAACAGGAUGUGCUCAGGUUCCGUCAGGAACCACAUCCACAGACCGCCGGCUAAUUGCUCCCCCACGGGCCAUGGUUAGCGUGACAGACUUAGGACUCGGAUUACAUAUAUGUUACAGGCAAUUACAGGCCACAUGUGACUUGCUCCUGCUCCUUCUCCUCAGGAAGCUCUUAUUUCAGGUGUGCAUAUGAGCAACAAUUGUAACUCAUCGAAAUAUCACUGUUCAUAUUUAUGUGAAAUCAUACCUUUAUUAAAAUGUCUCUGAACUUA